AUGUCUAGUAUAUCUGAGAAGAAAACAGAUCUAUACAAAGAUCAACCAAUAGAUGUUGAAGUUGGUCAAAUUGACACAUCAAGCACACACGAUGAUACCAAUAUCCUGGCAAUAAAAGAAGGAUAUCGUUUAAAGAAACAUCUAAGAGCACGUCAUGUCAGUAUGAUUGCCAUAGGGGGUGCCCUAGGUACUGGUCUACUUAUUGGAUCGGGAGCCGCAUUAAGUACUUCAGGUCCUGCUCCAUUAUUUAUUGGAUACUCUUUCAUUGGGUUUGUUGUUUAUAUUGUUAUGUGUUGUUUAGGUGAGAUGGCCGCGUAUAUCCCACAACCGGAUGGGUUUGCAGGGUAUGCGAAUAGGUACUGUGAUCCUGCUUUAGGUUUUGCUGUUGGAUAUAGUUAUUUGUUCAAGUAUUUGAUUGCGACACCUAAUCAAAUUACAGCUGGUGCCAUGGUGUUACAAUAUUGGGUUAGUAGAGAUAAAGUGAAUCCAGGUGUUUGGAUCACGAUAUUCAUUAUAGCUAUCUUGUUGAUUAAUAUUUUUGGAGUUAAAAUAUUUGGUGAAUUUGAAUUUUGGUUAUCUUGUGUUAAAGUUUUGAUUGUUUUGGGAUUAAUUAUUCUAUUAUUCAUCAUCAUACUUGGAGGUGGUCCAACUCAUGAUCGUUUGGGGUUCAGAUAUUGGAGUGAUCCAGGUGCUUUUAAGCCAUAUACUGGUAUUGCUAGUAUUCCAAAGGGGAAAUUUGUUUCAUUCGUUAAUGUUUUGGUCACUGCAGUUUUUGCCUAUGGUGGGACUGAAUUAGUUGGUGUUACUGUUGCUGAAGCUGAAAAUCCAAGAAGAAAUGUUCCAAAGGCAAUUAGAUUAACAUUUUAUCGUAUUCUUGUUUUCUACAUUUGUUCUGUUUUGUUAUUAGGAAUGUGUGUCCCUUAUAAUGAUCCUUUAUUGAUUAGUGCUACCAAGGCUAAAACUUCAGCUAAUGCUUCACCAUUCGUGGUUGCAAUCAAAAAUGCCCACAUUAAAGGAUUAGACCAUUUGAUUAAUGUUUGCGUUUUGGUUUUCAUCUUUAGUGCAUCAAAUUCAGAUCUAUACAUUGGUUCAAGAACUCUAUAUGGAUUAGCAUGUAAUGGUAUUGCACCAAAAUGUUUUGCAAAGACUAAUAGAUUUGGUAUUCCUUAUUAUUCACUUGCCCUUUGUGUUUCAUUUUGUGGAUUGGCUUACAUGUCAGUUUCAGCAUCAUCACAAGAAGUUUUCAGUUAUUUAGUCAAUGUUUCCACUUUGUUUGGAUUAUUAACUUGGGCAACCAUCAUAAUUACAUAUCUUUAUUUUUCCAGAGCUUUCAAAGCUCAGGGAAUUUCCAAAGAUACAUUAGUUUAUCAAGCACCAUUUCAAUCAUGGGCGCCACAUUUAGCAUUGGCCAUUUGUAUCCUUGUUUCAUUUAUCAAGAAUUUCACAGUUUUCAUCAAUGGGUUUAAUUACAAGACGUUCAUUACUGGAUAUAUUGCUUUACCUGUUUACGUCUUCUGUUAUCUUGGUUAUAAGAUUAUCAAGAAAUCCAAGAUUCAUAGACCUGAAGAUGUUGAUUUGUACACAUUGAAAGAUUUGAUUGAUGCAGAAGAAGAGGAAGGUAAAAUUGCAGAUGCAUUAAGAAAGGAAGAGAUGAAGUACGGUAAGAAAGAUAAGAUGUGGUAUUAUGAUAAAUUCAUUGGUUGGUUGUUUUAA